ACACCACACCUGAUUAACAGGUGUCAGGUUUUCAGCAGACGCAGGCAUGAACCAGAUCAAUGUUGAGAGGCUGACGGAAUUAGGUCGGAGAGGCAGCGAUAUCAUAAGGACAGUGGCAUUUUCCUUUUGGUUGUAUAGUCACUGUUUAAGCCUACGUUUUGAUUCUUACUAAACUUUCAGGAGCUGUUUUGAAGGAGAUUAUGGAUUCUCAGAAACACCGUCUCGUCGAGGAUGAUACUACAACAUACUCCAUGCCAUUACUGGGGUCAUUCCCUGGGUCUGAGCAUGACAAAUGUCCCAGUCCAACAGCAGAGACUGGAGACCGAACUGCUGCAGCUGUCUGGUGGCAUCCUGUUACUGCUACUGGUCACUGCCAUGAGAACGACAGGGCUUCGUGGACAGAGAGUCGUGAGAAGCAGCUGGCCAAGAGGAAACUCAUCAUCGCUUCUGUUGUCAGCCUGGUCUUCAUGGUUGGAGAGGUGAUCGGUGGCUACGCGGCACACAGUCUGGCCAUCAUGACCGACGCAGCUCAUCUCCUCACAGACUUCGGUAGCAUCAUGGUCAGCCUCUUCUCUCUAUGGGUCUCCUCCAGACCUCCCACCAAAACCAUGAACUUUGGCUGGCAUCGCUCAGAAAUCCUGGGUGCCUGUUUGUCAGUGCUGUCCAUCUGGGCUGUGACAGGAGUGCUGGUGUUCAUCGCCGUUCAGAGGAUCCUUAACGAUGACUUUGAGAUCCACAGCCAGAUCAUGCUCAUUACCUCAGGCUGUGCUGUGGGGGUCAAUAUCUUAAUGGCCCUAAUCCUCCAUCAGUCCAGUCACAGCCACGGUCCCUCCUACCACCGACCCCAUGACAACACAGUCAACCUGUCACACGGCCACUCUCACGGACUCCCUGGUGGCCAUGGCAACACCAGCGUGAGAGCGGCUUUUAUCCAUGCAGUAGGGGAUCUGUUGCAGAGUCUGGGGGUACUGCUGGCUGCUACCAUUAUACACUUCUGGCCUCAGUAUAAAAUAGCAGAUCCCAUUUGUACCUUCAUGUUCUCUAUAUUUGUGCUGGGAACAACUGUCACUAUCCUGAAGGACGUCUUCAGGAUACUCAUGGAAGGGGUUCCUAAAGGUAUCGACUUCAAUACUGUGAGAGAAAUGCUGCUGUCGCUGAGAGGAGUCAAGACCACACACAACCUUCACAUGUGGGCCCUCACAUUGAGCCAGUCACAGCUCUCUGUACACGUGGCUAUAGAGGAAGAUGCCAGUCCCCAGCAGGUACUCAUGGAUGCUACCAAGCUGCUCCAGUCAGAGUUUGGUUUCUCCAGCAUCACCAUCCAGGUAGAGCAGUAUGCAGAGGAGAUGAUCUAUUGCAUGCAGUGCCAGGACCCCACGGACUGACAUCACUAUCACCAUGGGGGUUGAGACUGAACUAUAGGGGCCACUAUGGGAGAUUGUCUGACUGAAUACACCAUGGAGGUUAUUUGAGAACCCUGUACAAAAUCUAGCAUGUGCUGGCUAACUACUCGAUUGAGAUUUGUUAACAGUCUGUCAUGACAGAUCACUAGUGGGGCUAAAGACUCUAUGGACAAGAGAGGUUUCUCUACCCUAUUAGAGCGAAGAAUUCCUCCCAGUCUGUACUGUAUGUCUGUUACAGUAUGCCGUGUGAGGUCACACGACUUCAACAGGGUGGUACUGUAGAUUACACACUGGGACGUGAGGUGCUAUCACGUCAUUUUCCUUAACGUAGCACUUCUGUGGGAAAAGCUCCUGUUUCGAUCAAUAUUGGUUUUUCUAGUAAGAUAACAGACAGAUAGACAAGGUCAACAGAAAGUGUCAUUGUCACACAUAAUGUUUUAUGUAAAAGAUCUGGUCGUGUUUAGAUAAUUACGUGUAUCAUAUUUAUUUAGUUUAUAUUAUAUAACAGGUGUGGUAUAUUAACAUAAAUACUGAAACAUUUCAAUCUCGAACAUUGUUUUUUUAAACCUUUCAGUUUGUAGACCUUUCAGUUGCCUUAUUUCCCUCUUACAUUCUUACUGAUUUACUACCAAGGUGAGACCAUGGUGAUUGAGGGACUUCCCAGAGAGUGUGAGAUUCAAUCCAAGGCGUUUUAUAGACCAGCACACUGGUAAUCCAACAAUGCGCCUUUGAAAGUUAAUUUCCCUGACGUCCGUGGAGAUCACAUUCAAUGUAAACAUUGUGCAUGUCAACUCAAGCAUAAAUUACCUUUAAAAGAGUCAAGAACCACGUUUACACUGCUCUGUAAACGUGCCUUGGAUUGAAUCCAGGACUUAGUUGUUCAGGCUCUGAGUAAUGUGUUGAACCUGAGGAACAGACGCACGCCGCUCUGUGUCGUCACCUCCAUCACCAUCUCCAAGGGAACCUCUUUUACCUUACUGAUGUACUCAGCACAGACAGAGAUGUUCUUCGGCUCAUUUCUCACCUACAGUAUGUUUAAGACACAAAAGCAGAGAUGAGAGUAGUGCUGUAAAAUAUUCUUAGCUGUAUAAAUUAUUUUCCAACAUUAUUUGAUGUACGACCACUUUCAAACCGGGAUAAAGUCAAUGGUAUAUGGAUGUCAAUUUAUACUCUAUCCUUUGAUUUUCUCUGAUGGUGUUUUGGACUUUGUUUUUCUCUGACUGUGUGUUUUACCUUGUUUUUCUCUGACAGUGUGUUUUACCUUGUUUUUCUCUGACAGUGUGUUUUACCUUGUUUUUCUCUGACUGUGUGUUUUACCUUGUUUUUCUCUGACAGUGUGUUUUACCUUGUUUUUCUCUGACAGUGUGUUUUACCUUGUUUUUCUCUGACUGUGUGUUUUACCUUGUUUUUCUCUGACAGUGUGUUUUACCUUGUUUUUCUCUGACAGUGUGUUUUACCUUGUUUUUCUCUGACUGUGUGUUUUACCUUGUUUUUCUCUGAUGGUGUUUUGGACUUUGUUUUUCUCUGACUGUGUGUCAGUAAAUAAAUGAACACAGCAACA